AUGCUUCUCGUGGCUGAUCGACAGGCUUCAUUUUUUAUCGCGCUAUUUUUCAUUUCUCAACUGUUCCGUGACAAUGUCAGUCAGCAGUGUGGAGCCGGCGGCGACCUAUACUCCAUUUACCAAAUGAUGCUCAAGGGCCACACUUACAAGUCGUUCAAGACUGCACCGGGUACUCCAGAAUGCAGAGAGGCUUGUCUUGCUGAUGUCAAAUGUCAAAGCUACAACGUCGUUAUGUUUAUUGCAAUAUGCGAAUUAAACAACCGAACUAAAGAGGCAAGACCAGAGGACUUUGUCAAGAACAAGGACAGAUACUACAUGGCGAAAGGUCCGAAACGAGGUGACAGAAAAUGCAAAGAUUAAAAAGCAGUAUUACAGUUAAGGAAAGGGGGGGGGGGGGGGAGAGGAGGAAAGGGGGGGAAGGGAGGGGGGGAGAGGAGGAAAGGGGGGAAGGGUGAAAAAUAGGAAAGGGAAAAUGGGGGAAGGAGGGGGAAAGGGAGGUAAGAGGGGAAGACAUUCAACUGAUAGCCCGAUAUGCGAGCGCAACUUGAAAUGUACCCGAUAUGAUGCUCGGCAUAGUCUGACACAUAUCUUUACAGAAGUGUCAAUAGACUGCCAAUUAUAAAAUAAGUCAUAUAAACAUUCCACACAAAGUAUAUCUUAAAGGUGAUGUAAAGAAACAAUAUGGGUAAUCUGACUUUUGUGGAUUUUACGCUGUCAGCGAUGAAUCUUUCUUACUCUUAUUCUGCUAACAUUAAUCGCUUCAAUUGCAGUUCCUCUCGGAUCAAUUCGUGAGUUGCCUGCAGAAUCGUGCAAGGAGAUCAAGGCGAGUGAAGGAGGAAAGGCGGUCAGCGGUAAUAAUUAUUGGAUGGAUUCAACCAGAUCUGGUAACUCUAUUUUAGCUCGCUGUGGCAUGAAGACUGAAGGUUUGUACAAGACAUGGUUCUUGGCAUUUUGUUGCUGUGCCAAUGAGAGGACUUUACUUAAUCGAUUUUCUUUGUCCCUAGUUGCAGAUUAUUGUGUCAAACACCAGUGCCAAAAGGAUGCAAAGUGUGUAAACUGUGAAACGAACUACACGUGUGCGUGUAACUCAUCUGGCUGGACAGGAAAAUAUUGUGAAAAAGGUUCGCCUUUUGUAAAAAUCAUUUCCCAUUUUUAGCAGCAUGUUAAACAAAGAAGAUGAGGGAUGCUUAAUCAAGGAUAUGCUUAUCCACAGAUGUCAACGAAUGUGUGGAAGGUCUACAUGGUUGUGAUCCCAACGCCAUUUGUGAUAACACUGUGGGUUCUUACAACUGCACAUGCAGACCAGGAUUAAUUGGAGACGGAAGAAACAGCUGCAUAAGUACAAGUAAGGAUGUAAACCACUUUGUGUGGCGACGGUGUUAG